UGUAUAUYUUAUUUAUAUUUUAUUAUAAUGUAUAAAUUUGUAAAUAGAGAUGAAGGCAGUUCAGUUUAUACAGCUGUUGGUGAAAUAUUGCUUGGUCGUCAUGGAGGCCAGUGGGCUCGUGUUGCCAAGGACAGCGAAAGAUUCAACCUUAUUCUCGCGGAAAGAAAUCGUCCGCCAUAUACAAGACUUGGGCAUCACCCUGGCCUUACCCAAGCUAUUAACUAUUACAGAGGUUCUUCGAAGUUACUUUGUCGAAAAGCUUCCUUAGUUCGUACAGUAAGAUCAAUAAGCGAAGCAAACGGCUUGUCCCCAUACAGAUGGAUGCCAUUAACCUUCAUUAUAGUACCAACCAAUAUGACUAAAUCAAUGGAGAAUGAGAAGACGAAGCGAUCAACAUCUUGUAAGGACGAAAGAGAACUUUUCCUGGAGACCUUCAAAUCGUGGGAACCCUGUGGAAAAAAUAUAUGGAUCGGGAAAUCAACGGCAGGCGCGAAGGGAGAAAAUAUUUUUCUAACUUCCGAAGCAAACGAAAUGUUAAAGUUGAUUGAUGGAGAAAGACAAGCUUAUGUUGUACAAAAAUACAUCGAGGAUCCUUUACUUCUGGACGGUGGAAGAAAGUUUGACGUCAGGGUCUGGGUGUUGUUGGAUCACCUGUACAGUAUUCAUGUGUUCAGUGAAGGAAUACUAAGGACUUCCUCUGAGCCUUACGAUGUAGAGAACUUGGCUAACAUGACCAGUUAUUUGACCAAUCACUGUGUGCAGGAAUCUCAAUCUCGUAACUUUGGUAAAUUCGAAAAAGGAAACGAAAUGUUUUUCAGUGAAUUUUCAAGUUUUCUUAAAAAACGGUACGAUGUAGAUUUCAAAGAAAAGAUUUUAACUCAGUUUUACGCAAUUAUCAAGGAGUGUCUUCUGGGAAUAAAAGAGGAAAUAAGCACUGUUGGAUUGUCUUACGACAGUUUCCAGCUGUUUGGCUUUGAUUUCAUGAUUGACAGACAGUUCAAAGUUUGGUUACUGGAAAUCAACGGCGCUCCUGCCUCAGCAAGUGAUCUGCUCCAAUCAAUGGCCAUUGAGAUCGUUGCUACUGCUAUUGAUCCGAUUUUCCCGCCCUCGAGGAUCAACAAAGACCAAUCAACAGAAACUAAUAGUUAUAUGAAUGGCUUUUUUAUUAAUAUAAGUGACGAUUAGUUUAUAGUUAUAUAUUGUCUUAAUUUUUAACACCUGACCAAACUAAUUCUAAAUUAAACAAACUAAAA